GCGCGGGGCGCGAGAGUGACGUCACAGCGAGCGUCGGGAGGCCGAGUGCUGCGGCGAGUCCGUCUCGGGACCGUGGGUACUGAAGGUGUGCAGCGGGUCCAGAGCCAUGUUCGGCUCCAGUCGCGGCGGCGUGCGUGGCGGGCAAGACCAGUUCAAUUGGGAGGACGUGAAGACUGACAAGCAGAGGGAGAACUAUUUGGGCAACUCGCUGAUGGCGCCAGUAGGCCGCUGGCAGAAGGGUCGCGACCUCACCUGGUACGCGAAGGACCGCGCGCCAUGUACCGGCCCGAGCCGAGAGGAAGAGCUGGCAGCCGUGCGCGAGGCGGAGCGUGAGGCGCUUCUGGCCGCACUAGGUUACAAGAAUGUGAGGAAACAGCCCACCGGCCUGAGCAAGGAGGACUUCGUGGAGAUCUGCAAACGGGAAGGAGACCCUGAGGAGAAGGGCGUGGACCGGCUGCUGGGCCUGGGCAGCGCCAGUGGCUCCGCGGGCCGUGUGGCGCUGUCCCGAGAAGACAAAGAGGCUGCCAAACUUGGACUGUCAGUGUUCACGCAUCACCGUGUGGACAGCGAAGGCCCAAGUACUGCCCCAUCUGCUACCAGGAAGAAGCCUCGUGCUGAGGACAAGGCCGAACUGGAUACAGAGAGCCAUAAGAAAAGCAAGAAAGAAAAGAAGAAAAAGAAGAAGAAACACAAGAAACAUAAAAAGAAGAAAGACAAAGAACAUAAGAGGGAGGCUGACAGCUGUUCCUCAUCUCCCUCUCCUGCCCGGCCCAGACGCCAGAGACAUUCUGACUUCUCUCCUUGCUCUAAGAGGAAGCGGGAACAUAGCCAGGACAGUGGAAGGAACCCAUCCCACAGACGACAAGACAGAAGCUCUGAUGACUGAUAAUGUGACUAGACCAAAGGACAUGAGAGCUCUGGUUGCCCUGCCCAACUCUGAGCUCUGUGGGGUCUAUACAGCACAGCCACUGGAUGCUAAGUGGCUACCAGCCCACUCCCUACUUGCCCAACUAACUCGCAUCCCUAUCUGGGAUAAGGCAGGUGGCUGCUCCCUGCCAGGAUCCUGAGCCAAGCUUGCUGGAUCUUAGGCUCUAUCCUGCCAUCUGGAGGCAACCACUCCAGGUCAGAGUGGCUCCCGGACUACCAGAGCCUAGUGGUUCUAUGAGGGUAGUGCUCUUGCCUUGCCCCCCUGCCAAGGAAUAUAUAAGUCUCUGCUGCCACAGUCCAGGCCCAUGAGGUUGAGGGUAUGUGUUACUGAUUACUUCUCUCUCUCUUUUUGUAUCAGCCCACUUUCUACUUAAGUAAAUGUAUUUUAAAAGUA